ACGAUUUAUUUUACACCCUCUAAGAAAAAAAUCAAAACAAAAGCACGAUGUCCGACAGUUCUGAUGAGGAUUCUGGUGGAUUUAAGAUUAACAGAGCAUAUGCUUCUAAAUAUAACGAUUGGCGAAGGAGAGAAGAACUUCAAAAACUAAGAGAUCGCUAUGGAGUUGAUGCAGAAUUAGAAGAUUCCAGCUCAUCUGAAUCUGAGGAUGAAGAUGCUGAGGCACUUACUGCACAACUAGAGGAAGACUGGUUUAAAACACUGGCAGCACUUAAAAGCAAAGAUCCAAGAAUUUAUGAUAAAAAUGCAAAGUUUUAUCACAGUGAAGAAGAAGAAAGUGAUGAUAGCUCCGAUGAACCUGGACCAAGUAGUAAGAAAGAUAAGCCAGUGUAUCUGAAAGAUUACCACCGGAAGGUUAUUCUGGAAAAAGAAGGUAAAGUAAGUGAUGAAGAAAGUGAUGACAAUGAAGAAGAUAUCAGCCAUGAACCUGGGUAUUACGAGGAACAAGAAGAGAUCAAAAAGAGCUUUAAAGAAAAACUGGCUGAAGAAUCUGAUUCAGAGGGAGAACUUUUUACAAAAAGAUUGAAAACUAAAGAGCAAGAGGAGGAGGAAGAGAAAGAUUACAUCAAAUGGUUGAAGGAUCAAAAAGAUCUAGAGGAAAAAGACUCAGUGGGAGUAGAACUGGCUCCGCUCAAGAGUUAUUGGAAUGAUCCAAAGCUUAGUUCAAACGAAAAAUUCCUGAGAGAUUUGAUACUGAAUAAAGGGUACAUCGAUAAAGAUGGUAAAAGAUUACCCUCCUACAAUGAGAUAGUGGAUGAUGGGGAGGGGUUCUCUGAGGAAGAGGAAAUUCUGGAGAGAGAAGAUCAGUUUGAAAGAAAAUACAACUUCAGAUUUGAAGAACCAGACCCUGACUUUAUCAAGUCAUAUCCUCGAACCAUUAAGGAUUCAGUGCGUCAGAAGGACACAAAGAGAGCAGAGAAAAGAAAAGAGCUGAAAAAAAGGAAAGAAAUGGAAAAACAAAAGAUUAAGGAGGAAGUCAAACAGCUGAAAAAUCUCAAAAGAAGGGAGAUAAUGGACAAAAUAGAUAAACUAAGGGAGAUAACUGGUGAUCCAGACCUUGACUUUAACGAGGAGGAUUUAGAAACAGACUUUGAUCCCCAAAAGCAUGACGAAAUGAUGAAGAAAUACUUUGAUGAUGAGUUUUAUGAGAUGGAGGAGGGAGACCAGAAGCCGGAGGCACCAGCUGAUAUAGAGGAAAUCCAGUGUGAGAACUGGGAUGAGUGGAGUGGAGGAGAUGUGAAGGGAUACGAUGAGGGGUACAACGAUAAUGACAAUGAUUAUGAACCACAUGUAGAUGAUCCUGACUUUUGUAUGGAUGUUGACUAUGACCCAACAAAAGUUGUAAGUCGAAAAAAGAAUAAAAAGAGGAAAUCAAAGUUUGUGGAGGCGGUCACAAACUCAAAACCUACAUUUGAUCCAAGUGAGAAGACUUUUGAGGAGUACUUUGAUGAGUAUUAUAAACUGGACUAUGAGGACAUUGUAGCAGGACAGCCAUGUCGGUUUAAGUACAGGAAUGUUACACCCAACAGUUACGGCCUAGAAGUGGAUGAGAUUUUGAAAUGCAGAGACAAAGAGUUAAAUGCAUGGGUUUCUGUGAAGAAAAUGAGUCAGUACAGAGAGAAGGACGAGGAGGAAAGAGAAGUGAAGAUUUUUGAGAGUAAAGGUAAAAACCAGAGAAAGAAGAUGAAUGUGCUACUGUCAUUGAAGGAGGAGGCAGAGGAAAUACCUGUAAAAAAGGAAAGUGCAACUUCAACAAUAAGUUCACCUGUAAAGAAAAAGAAACGAAAGCAUGCUGUGGAUGAUAGCAUGGGCAGUUUAGAAGAACAGACAGUGAAAAAGUCUAAAAAAGAUGAUUUAAAUGAGAGUAAAGAAAUCAAAGGUGGGAUGUUCACAAAGAAAAAAGACAUGAGGAAUAAAUCAGUGGUGAAAGAAAGUCCAAAGGGGAGGAACAUAAAACAAGAGACAGGAAUUACAGGAGAUGUUCAUGUGAAAAAAGAGAGCAGUGACUCGAGCAUGGUUUCUGAUAGUGAGAAGAAAAUCAGGGAAUCAAAAGAACACAAAGGAAAGAUAAAGUUUCAUUCAGACAUUGAAGAAAGCAGCAGUGUAAAAUACAUUGAAAAGGGUAGAAAAAGUAAAAAGAAGAAAAGUCAGGAUGUUGGGAAACCUCUGUCACAAGAGGCAUCAGAAAAUGACACAGGAAUUAGGCUAUCAGGUGAAAUAAAAAAGGAAAGACCAGACACUGUGAGUUCAGCAGAGGAGAGUGGUAUGACUAGUACCCCUAGAGAGCAUCAGCAGGUGGCUGGUGACAUGAGCAAGAAGAGGAAAAACAAGAGGAAAAAGAAGAAAAAGAAGGAAGGACCUCCUAAACUAUCUAGUGAGAGACUUCUGGCUUUUGGAAUCAAUCCAAAGAAAGUCAAGUACAUGAACAUUAAUAAGUUCAAGGAGGAGACAAAAGGUUGAGGUUAAUAAUGGUGUCAUCUGAUAAUAAAAUGUAAAUACACACAUA